UCAACAACUCCCGGCUCCGCGCCGCCAGGUACGCCGGGUCUCGUUCCAGUUCGGCGUCGCGCUCCCGGCCGUCGUAAUUCAAAAUUGGCGUGCGCGAUCCGUUUCGCAGGCUCUCGACGGCGGUCGCGCAGCACUGGACGUGCUCGAGCGAGUGCCGGAGGUGGGCGCCGACGGACGCGCCGAUCGCAGGGCACGCGUCCGCGAAGGCCGCGGCGCCGCACGAGUCGAGUACAGCUUCGGCUAUGAGGCCGUGGCGCUCGAGACACGCCGAGAGGGCGGCGACUUCCGGUGUCGUGCUCCAGCCGGACAGCCGUCUCGUUCGCCACCGCUGUGGCGUCGCGAAGCGCUUCGCGGCUCGGUACAUGAUUGCUCGCAGGCUGGCGCUGGCACAAUGGGCAGCUCAGCGCUCGAGGAGCCGGUCGAGGCGCCGUUUCUUGCCACGCUCGAGUAGGCACGACCACUGGAAGCUCACUGGCGAGCGCUGCGAGCUCCGGAGAAGGUAGAGGACUGCAGAUUGCUUGCUUGCUUGCUAGGGAUGCCUAGUGUGUUACUGGACGCUAGCUCUGGCCGCGGCUCGCGCCUUCAACAUCGCCGCGAUUGCCCAAGUUAGUCUGAAGUUGCAAUAGGCCCACGGCUGCCACCGUGCCGCCCGCCUGCAACCGCUUGUAGCGCUUGGCAUCUCUGACCGUAGUACUCAAAGUAGGCACCGACCACGUGCAAGCCGCGUCGCCGAGCCUGCGAGCCUGCGCGGUCGGAACGAUGGCAUGCAUGCACCUGCUCGCGCUCGCGGCCGCGGCGACGGCGCGCCGCGUCCCGGCAAGAGGCGGCUUCGUCGCCGCCGCGCCGCGCGUCCGGACGACGCCGCUCCGGCGACCGCGGACCACGAAGGCCGUCGCGCUUGCGGCCAUACCGACUAUUGCACUCUACGAGAGCAGUGCUCAACUCAUAAACGACGCGGGCUGCACCGCGGGCGCCGCGGCGGGCGCCGUGGCCUGGAUCAAGGUCUGGACGACUCUGGCGGAGCGAGGUGUCAUUGAUGCUAAAUUAGCGCGAAAAAUCGUGCACUGCGGGAGCGGUCCUUUGUACUUGUUGGUGUGGCGGUUCUACUCCGAUGCAGCUUUAGCUCGCGUAAUCGCAGCUCUGGUGCCCGCACUAAAUAUCGUCAAACUGCAGAAGGCAGCCCAGGACGACAACGAGCUCUCGCGGGCGAUUUCUAGGUCCGGCGACCCGUCGGAAGUGCUCGGCGGGCCCUACGUUUAUACGUGGGUCCUGUUAUUGGCGGCGUUGCUCGCGUUCCGGACACCGGCCGCCAUCGUCGCCGUCGCUCAAAUGGCCGUGGGCGACGGCUUGGCAGAUAUAAUAGGGAGGCGCUUUGGGCGACAGAAGUGGUUCUGCAACCCCGAGAAGAGUUACGCCGGCUCUUUGGCCUUUGUCCUCGGCGCGACGGUCGCGUCAAUGGGUUUACUGCGAUGGCUCGCGUUCCCGGCGCCCCUCGCACCUCUCGUCGCGAUAUCGGUCAUCUGCGCCUUGGUCGAGGUCCUCCUCACGGACGUCGACGACAACGUCUCCGUGCCCCUCGUCGGCGCGUUACUAGCGCUAACUCUUAGGUAACACGACUAGCCUAGA